UGCUCAGUCGGAAUCAACGCGCUGUCUGACGUAAUUGUGGCUGGCUUCACAUAGGUUGGUGUUCCGCUGUCUUUCAAGGCAGGAAAAGACAGGAAGAUGGCGGCGCUACGAGUGGUCGUGCUAUCGGGGACUGGAAGAGCCCUACUAUGCACGCCAAAAACGAUCAAGGCCCCUCGGGUCAACAUGUCAUUUGCCAGUCUACCCAGGUCAAAGAAGGUGGCCCUGACAGCGUUUGGUGUGUUGACAACCAGUGGGGCCGGGCUUGCUCUGAUGCUACAGCAGUCUGUUAAGGCCUCAGACCUGGAGCUCCACCCCCCCAACUACCCCUGGACCCACAACGGCAUGUUGUCAGCCCUUGACCACGGCAGCAUCCGUCGUGGGUAUCAGGUGUACAAGCAAGUGUGUUCAGCGUGUCACAGCAUGGAGUACCUGGCCUUCCGUAACUUGGUUGGAGUGUCGCACACAGAGGCUGAAGUUAAGGUUUUGGCUGAGGAGAUUGAGGUGGUGGAUGGCCCUGAUGAGUCGGGAGAGAUGUUUACCCGUCCAGGAAAGCUCUCCGACUACUUCCCCAAGCCAUACUCCAACCCAGAGGCUGCCCGUGCGGCCAACGGCGGAGCCUUGCCACCAGAUCUCAGCUACAUCGUCAGUGCCAGACAUGGAGGUGAAGACUAUGUGUUCUCCCUGCUGACGGGUUACUGUGAGCCCCCUGCUGGAGUGGAGGUGAGAGAGGGCCUCUACUACAACCCCUACUUCCCAGGCCAGGCCAUCGGCAUGGCUCCCCCUAUCUACAAUGAGGUCCUGGAAUUCGAGGACGGAACCCCAGCCACCAUGAGCCAGGUGGCCAAGGACGUGUGCACCUUCCUCCGGUGGGCAGCCGAGCCUGAGCACGACCAGCGCAAACGCAUGGGCCUGAAGCUGCUCAUGGGUUCCGCCAUCUUGGUCCCUCUGGUCUAUUACAUGAAGAGGCACAGAUGGUCUGUGCUGAAGAGCAGGAAGAUUGCUUACAGGCCCCCCAAGUAAAGACCUGGACAGCUGCAUUCUGCCUGCACAUGUGGCUGCUCGGCUCGAACUCUGACCCCUCUGAUUUGCAGUUGUCCAUCUUUAAAAAAAAUAAAAUAAACACAUGCAUUUAAGAUACGGUUGCCCUUAUUCACUUGACGGGGGUCUUCUCAAAACAAGUUCUUCUCUGCCAACAGGGAAGGAUGUAAACACAACCUCUAAACUUGUUUUGUACUGUAAUCGAACGAAACGUGUCCAGGUUGUGGUCUAGUGUUUCCCAACUCCAGUAACUCCAACGGCACACAUUUUUUUGGGGGGGGGAACACUUGUAUAGGGGUUAACUAGUUCUUUUGAGGGGAUUCUCAACCGGAGUCAUUGUAUGUUCCUGCAACCUUCUUGUGCUGUUGUGAAUAUGUCACGUUAUAGGUUCUCUACACUUUGGUGUGUAAAUAUUUAAUAAACACUGGUGUACCGAAUAAACCAUGUUUUAAUCCGA